GCGCAGGCGCGGGGGGGUGUGGCGGCGAGAGGGCGGUUGGGCUGAGAGACGCCGAAGUUCAGCAUCGCAGGUCGGAGCGGCACGGCCAGAUUUCUUCAUGUUCUCUUGCUCUUGUUCCAGCUGGUUCUAGCUGAGAGAAGUCAAGAUGUAGGUGUCUGCUUUCAGAAGGUUUGGUGCCACACUUAGCAAAGUAAUGGAAACAAAGAGACAGAGCCAUCCUUUUGGCAGCGCAACAGCUGAAUUGGAUAAGGAUUCUGGAUUCUCAGAUGGCAGCUUGGAUUACCUGAGUUCAGCAGAACCAGCCAAUUCAGAGGAUGCUCUGAGAGCUUCAUGGCACAGCCCAGCAGCUGCAUUUUCUCCUGUGGUGGUAAUGAAAAAUGCUAUAAUCAGACAGGUGGAUAACUGUAUUCCAGCAGGUUUCCUGUCCAGGGACUGAUUAGACCUUUGACCUGAUUAGCAUCAUCAAGGUGGCUGCAUCAUGUUCUUCAGGGUACAUCAUGGAGCUCUGUUCCCAAAGGAAGAAAACUCAUCACAGUUUCAGUCUUGGACUGCACAGCCUUUAUGGGAGACAAUUCCGACUCACCCACCGCUUGUGGUUCUCCAUCCACCCAUUCCUUCUGCUGUAACCCUUCAAGCAGCCAGGGAAAAGAAAGGUGACUCUUCUGAUCUCCUUUCCAUCUUGAACUCCUAUGCAAAGAUAGCUCUACAACCAUACAAAAGGGACCUGGAGGAUAGAGAAGAAACCAGUAGGCAAAAGCGUCUCUGUACCGGCAGGACAGACACAUCCCCAAACCAGGAUGUGCCAGGCCAAAAUGCAGCAGCGGUUCAUGGAUUUCAGCACGUCUCCAUUGCUAAGUCAAAGGCUUUGGGUUGUACCCCAGCAUCCUCCACGCCUGCUUCUCCUGCUUCACAAAGUCAAGCACGGGGUGUGGCGCAGCCUGUAUUGUGCAACCCGCUCGUGUUGAGGAAGGAACUCGGCAGCUCUUCAGGCCUGCCGUUGCAGCAGCCAAGCAAGAGUAAACAUUUUCAGAACACGUUGGUGCUGCAUAAGUCUGGACUGCUGGACAUCACACUGAAAACCAAGAAUCUGAUCAGUCAGAACCUAGUGACCCAGGUGGAACUGGACUGGCUGAAGCAGCAAACACAGCUGUUCAUGGAAGCACUUAAAAACAACGCUUCUCAGGCAUGGGCUGAACUAGAGGCAUCUCUAAGGCAAUCAAAUAAAGCCAUGAACAGCUUGUUGACUUCUCCAGGUAUCUAGUGCAAACCUUACUUGCAGUGUCUGUUGUGAUAAGAAAUACUAAAAAGCUAUUACUUGAAUGCCUCACAUCCUACUAGGGUUAUGAGCCUGCUUUCAGGUUGAUUUAUGAAGUAAGCUUCUCAUUGGCAGACUGACCCAUGUUGUAGGUGAUGAGUCUUACUCAGAAUCAGGGGGAGGAAGGCUUCAGCAACAGUUUAGCUUCAUGUAACAUUGUGUUCUUGCAGUGUGAACACAUUACUACCAGAAGGCAUCAAUAUGUUUGGUACUAGAAGGAAAGGUUAUUUAAAUAUC